CUCUGAAGAAAGCUAGGAAGUGGAUGGUCGCCAAAGCCAUUGAUUCCAGUGUAGAUUGAGACAAGAUUGGUGAGCUUGCUCAUGGUCGACGGGAACGGGAUGGUCAUUCGAUUGGCCGAUAUGUCGAGAUGCUUUAAGUUGACGAAAUUGCUGAUAGUUUCAGGGAUUCUCCAUUCCAAGUUAUUGUCAUGUAAAGCAAGGAAAACUAGGUUAUCCUGGACGGCACCGAUUUUGGGAAUUUGCCCAAUAAAGUCGUUGCCACUUAAAUCCACAACCUCCAACUUCCCCAUGGACCAAAGAUUUUCUGGAAGCGGACCUUCAAGUCUGUUGACGCUCAAAUCCAAAUCGACCAUAUUUUGCCACCCACCAAUAGUCUCCUCGGUAAUUUCACCGGUGAUCAAGUUGUCUUUCGUUUUGAUAGAGAUGAAUUCAUUAAAUAUCAUUCGACAGAUUGAGGACGUGUGAGCCCUUCGGUGCUUUUCAUAAAUCGAGAAAUACAUG